UUUUGAAUGAAGGUAUAACACAACUUUUUUGAAACAGUAUGAAGUAACGGCGCUUCCAUUCACGUGACCUGGUCAUUUCGAUACAGGCGCUGUUUCCUGUAGCCACGCCCACUACUAGCUUGUGCGAGAUUUCCAGUAAUACGGGUAGGGAAAGAAAAAAAAAACCACCAAACCUGACUCUAGGAAACCUCGGAACAGGGAUGUUUACAGUCGUUCACUUUCUCUAAGCAGAUAUCAGGCCACGGAGUUAAUCAGUACUGCUUGUGGUUCACUGUAGGCUAUCUGUCGACUGUAGCUGUUUCUCGGGAUGGCGGUGGAGUCAAUAUCUCCCGACUGGGAGUUUGACCGCUUUGAUGACGGAUCUCAGAAAAUUCACACAGAAGUGCAGCUGAAAAACUAUAACAAGUUCUUGGAGGACUACACAUCUCAACUGAAAGCUAUAGAGGAAGCUGUGGAUGACUCCAUCGGCGAUGUUUGGGAUUUCACUUUAGAUCCAAUCGCAUUGAAGCUCCUCCCUUAUGAACAAUCUUCCCUUUUGGAGCUAAUUAAAACAGAAAAUAAGGUCCUCAAUAAAGUCAUUACAGUCUAUGCAGCACUCUGCAGUGAAGUUAAGAAGCUGAAAUAUGAGGCUGAAACAAAGUUCUACAAUGGCUUGUUGUACUAUGGCGAAGGAGUUUCAGACACCAGUGUGGUGGAGGGAGAGUGUCAGGUUCAAAUGGGACGCUUCAUCUCAUUUUUACAGGAACUGUCUUGCUUUGUGUCUCGGUGCUUUGAGGUUGUGGUUAACCUAGUUCACCAACUGGCUGCACUGUACAACAGCAGCAAAGCUGCCACAAAAAUCAUUGAGUCAAGUGGAGUACAUUUUCAGACUGUGUAUGAACAUCUCGGUGAACUCCUGGUGGUUCUAAUCACUUUGGAUGAGAUCAUGGAGAAUCAUGGCACUUUAAGAGAUCACUGGAAGAUGUACAAAAGAUUACUCAAAUCAGUCCACCACAAUCCAUCUAAAUUUGCUAUUCCUGAAGAGAAGCUGAAGCCUUUUGAGAAACUUUUAUUGAAGCUGGAGGGCCAGCUUCUGGAUAGCAUGAUCUUUCAGGCUUGUGUAGACCAGAGAUUUGAUAAUCCUGGAGAAGGUGUUUCAGUCUCUAAAAACAGUGCCUUUGCUGAGGAAUUUGCUCACAACAUUCGUACUAUCUUUGCCAAUGUGGAGUCAAAACUUGGGGAACCUGCAGAGAUUGACCAAAGAGAUAAAUAUGCUGGGGUCUGUGGCCUCUUUGCCCUGCAUUUUCACAUUUUUCGUACAGUUGACAAGAGACUCUACAAAGCUCUUUUGGAUGUGUGUAAAAAGGUCCCUGCAGUUACACUGACUGCCAACAUAAUCUGGUUUCCUGAUACGUUUUUGGUUAACAAAAUCCCAGCAGCAGCCAAACUGAUGGACAAGAAAAGUCUCCAGGCCAUUCGUUCCAGUAGAGAUACAUUCUUGCAACAAAAGGCACAGACACUAACAAAGGAUGUGCAGUCUUACUAUGUUUUUGUAACCUCCUGGAUGAUGAAGAUGGAAGCUAUCUUAUCUAAAGACCAGAAAACUGAGAAACUCUCAGAAGAUCUGAGCAACAGGUGCAAUGUAUUUGUACAGGGAAUCCUAUAUGCAUACAGCAUCAGUACCAUCAUAAAAACCACCAUGAAUCUCUACAUGACCAUGCAGCGACCCAUGACCAAGACCUCUGUGAAGGCCCUGUGUCGCCUAGUAGAGCUACUGAAAGCAGUAGAACACACAUUCCACCGUCGAUCCCUUGUGGUGGCAGACUCUGUGUCUCAUAUCACUCAGCAGCUGCAGUCACAAGCUCUGGCCUCUAUUUCUACAGCAAAGAAACGAGUGAUCUCUGAUAAGAAGUAUAGUGAGCAGAGGCUGGAUGUGCUGUCGGCCCUGGUGCUUGCUGAAAACACACUGAAUGGCCCGAGCACCAGGGAAAGAAGACUGGUGGUGACUCUAGCGCUCAGUGUGGGCACUCAGAUGAAAACAUUCAAGGAUGAAGAGCUUCUGCCAUUACAACUUGUUCUAAAGAAACUAGACCUCAUUAGUGAAUUAAAAGAGAGGGUCAGAAUGCAGUGUGAUUGCAGCUUUCUGUACUGGCACCGUGCAGUGUUUCCCAUUUACCUGGAUGAUGUUUAUGAUAACGCUGUGGAUGCAGCUAGAAUACAUUAUGUGUUUAGUGCUCUCAGAGACUGUGUGCCCACCAUGUUGUAUGCCAAACACAUGGAGUCCUGUGAGCAGCUACUGGAGUGCUAUGAUAAUGAAAUCAUGGAGGUCUUCAAUGAGCAUUUGUUGGACAAACUGUGUAAGGAGAUAGAGAAAGACCUCCGGCUUUCUGUGCACACACAUCUCAAGCUGGAUGACCGUAACCCUUUCAAAGUAGGCAUGAAAGACCUGGCUCACUUCUUUUCCCUCAAGCCUAUCCGCUUCUUCAAUCGCUUCAUAGACAUCAAAGCCUACAUCACGCAUUACCUGGACAAAACAUUUUACAACUUGACAACAGUGGCACUCCAUGACUGGGCCACAUACAGUGAGAUGAGGAACCUGGCCACGCAGCGCUACGGCCUGCUUAUGACCGAGGCUCAUCUCCCCAGCCAGACUCUGGAACAGGGGCUGGAUGUAUUGGAGAUUAUGAGGAACAUACAUGUUUUUGUCUCCCGUUAUCUCUACAAUCUGAACAACCAGAUCUUCAUUGAGAAGACCAGCAACAACAAGCACUUGAACACUAUCAAUAUUCGGCACAUUGCUAACUCCAUACGCACCCAUGGGACUGGCAUCAUGAAUACGACAGUAAACUUUACUUAUCAGUUCCUCCGUAAGAAGUUCUACAUUUUCAGUCAGUUCAUGUACGACGAGCACAUCAAGUCCAGGCUUAUCAAAGACAUCCGGUUCUUCAGAGAAACUAAAGACCAGUCAGAUCAAAAGUAUCCCUUUGAGAGGGCAGAAAAGUUCAACCGUGGUAUUAGGAAAUUGGGCAUCACUCCAGAUGGCCAGAGCUACCUGGACCAGUUUAGACAACUCAUCAGCCAGAUUGGUAACGCAAUGGGGUAUGUAAGGAUGAUCCGCUCUGGGGGUCUUCACUGCUGUAGCAGCGCCAUCCGGUUUGUUCCUGAUCUUGAGGAUAUUGUAAACUUUGAGGAGUUGGUGAAGGAGGAGGGUCUCACUGAGGAGACUCAGAAAGCAGCCAGUGUUCUAGACUGUGUACUCAGUGACCUGACCAGUAAUUCAGCUGAGGGAACUGAGUAUUUCAAAAUGCUUGUGGGAGUUUUUUCCCCGGAAUUCCGCAGCGUGAAGAAUAUGCAUUUGAGGAACUUCUACAUGAUUGUUCCUCCUUUGACCGUAAACUUUGUAGAACACUCCAUCAGCUGCAAGGAGAAGCUGAACAAAAAGAACAAAAGUGGUGCAGCAUUUACAGAUGAUGGCUUUGCCAUGGGUGUUGCCUACAUCUUGAAGCUGCUGGACCAAUAUCAGGAGUUUGACUCAUUGCAUUGGUUCCAGGCAGUUCGCGAGAAAUAUGUGAAGGAGAUGAAUGCAGUGGUGAAAGAACAGAACAUUCAAGCCACCAACCAAGAUGAGAAACUCAUGCAGACCAUGAACUUGACUCAGAAGAGGCUAGACAUCUACCUGCAGGAGUUCGAGCUACUUUACUUCUCUCUAAGCAGUGCACGGAUAUUCUUCAGGGCCGAUAAGACUGCAGCAGAGGAAACUCAGGAAAAGAAGGACAGGGAGGAUGUUGCUAAAGCUGAUUCUGCCCCGUCAGAGGCUGCUGCCACCUCUGAGCUGGGUGCCAAGUGAAACUAAAACAUCUCCAAUUUCAAGUUUUUGUCAUAUUAAAGAGUGGAAAUAAACCAGCUUAUCCAGAAAGUGUAUAGUGACCAUGCAUUGGGAACAUACAGUGUGCUCAUUAUUGAAUAUUUUAUAUAUAAUUUCCUUCUAAUGCACUUAAGACUGGAACUGACUGUGAACUGUUUCUAGAAAAACAUGAUCAUGUCUCUUUUAUUUUCUCCAUUGCUGUACAGAUUUUGUCAGAUAAUUGUCAGGUGAUCAAGUUAGGCAGCUGUAAUGAGUUGUUUUGUUUUUUGUUUUUUUAAACUUCACACAUUUUGGAUAAUUUCCCUUUGCUAAUUUGAUUGGAAAUGUCUCUCUGCAUUCUUCAUGGUCAUGUAUAAAGUGGAGGUGCUUAUAUAACAGGUUCUACAUUGAAGUAGGUCUUUUGCCCUACUUCACGUCCGUUCCUAGAUUUACAACAGCGACAGUUUUACAUUGAAUUCUGAGUACAUUCUAAUGUAUUUAACAGAAUAAUGGCUCACUUUUGUAACUAGAUUUGAAUUUUCACAACUUGUAUAACUCAGUUAAUUUGGUACAAUGCGCUAAUGUAAAGUUAUAGCUCUGCAGUUGAUCCUGCUAUGUGUAUGUUCUGUGCAGCGUAACACUCUGCAUCAGGAGAAAUAAGUGGUGUGUUGAGCAGCGUGAAAAGGUGGCUUUGUUUGAAAAUAAAAUAAGCUCCCUGGGCAAGAAAUUGAUCACAUCCACCUACCCACACUUCAUUGUACAAUGAUGGAACACUAGGACUUGUUCACUGGGUGGUAAAAUCCCCAGAACUUUAUUCCAUAGGAAACUUGUGGGAUUAUUUGGAACAUCAGGUGAAACACCAAAAUAGGCACCAUGAUUCCUCACUAGGGUGCAACCCCAGUCAGUGAAAGAGUGGGAUAAAAUUAAUAGGAACUAUCUGAAGAAACUGGUGGGAUCCUCAUGUGACAAGAUUGGCAAAGGGCAGCCUGCCCAAGUAUUAGGAAAGAAAUGACACAAUUUACUUUGUUCAGAGAGCUCAAGUCCAUGGAACUGUAGCAAACUAACAUUGUAUUUUGUACCUGACAUCCAUGCUGCCUAAUCUGUAUAAAAACGUGUGCAACAGAAA